AAAUGGGGAGCCUUCCCCUUUAAAUGGAAAGGAGCCCAUUGAUUGAAAGUGAUAAACAGCCGGGGCGAGAUGGUGGAGGCGAUGUUUUGUUACUAUGAUAACAACAUUAGUCGGUUUCUGAAGAUCACAUCUGAUCGGGGUUUUGCAAACUCUAAAUAAAACAUCCAGCAGCGGAAGAGUGUUGCAUUGUACAUCGGAUUCCGUUUUGGUGAUACAGUUUGUCGAAAAGAAAUACUACUACAUUGUUCUGUUGACAUUUUUCUUGCAGCUCGGUUCUUGCACACAAAUCUUUUUUUUUUCUUCUUUUUUUGCACGAAAUGGAGGACAAGAAGAAGAAGAGGAGCCCAAAGGUGUGUCUCGCCCAGCUGGCCCCCCCGGUGAACCCCCGCAAGCUCUCCGUGCCGGCCAGCAAGAGCACCACCUUCUCCCUGGGGCUGCCCCAGCCCCCCUCCCCUAAACCCAGGACCAGGUUCAAGAGGUCCCACAAAGAGAAGGAGCGAGCCCCCCAGCCCGCAGGCCCCAGCAAGGUGAACCAGUCCUCCCCCCUGCAACACUCCUUCCUGACGGACGUCUCCGAUGUGCGGGAGAUGGAGGGGGGGCUCCUCAGCCUGCUCAACGACUUCCACUCCGGCAAACUGCAGGCCUUCGGGAAGGUGUGCUCGUUUGAGCAGCUGGAGCACGUGAGGGAGAUGCAGGAGAAGCUGGCCCGCCUGCACUUCAGCAUGGAUAGCCACGUGGAGGAGCUCUCUGAGGACCAGAAGAAAUCCGCCUCGGAUCACAACCUGGAGCACCUGCUGUGCAACCUGGAAGAACUCAGCAGCUCAAUACAGAAGCUACACUUAGCAGAAAACCAAGAACUGGCCAAGCCUUCUGCAUCAUAAAGCUAAAAGAGGUCCUGAUGAAGCAGGUCCUGGACUGAGCCUCAAUGCAAAGCUGAUUCAGAGCCACGGAAACGCCGAGCGGUGUGUUCAGUACACUGAAGAAAAGUGACAAAUACGCUCUAGUCACGGCCCCACACAACUCCCGCUCAGUUUUACACUAAUAGAUAUUUCCUUGGUGUCUGUUUGCUAUAUUCGUCCUUAGUUUAGCCUUCUGUACUAAAUUUAAAAAAAGACCAGUUGGCAGCCCAGUUUGUUUACAUUCCCCUAAAUGUUGCUGUAGGGGCACAAGCAACACCCACCCUCCCCCUGCCCCCCCCCCAUUCAUUUGUAUUCCUUCACUUCUUCCAUAGAAAGACUUGAAAUGUAUUUCACAAGCACAACUUCCCAGUCGUACAGUAGUUCAGAAAUACCACGUUUACGAAGAUCAGAUUGCAUUGGAACUGUGUUAAAACAAAAUGAAUAAAUCGAGAAUUCGAAUUAACUGAGCUUUUAUUUGAAAAUGCACUGCAGAUUAUUGACAACUUAAGUGCCAGUCGUUGAGGGUUCAAUUGCAGUAUUUAGUUUUGCUAUCAAACUUUUAAGCCAUUGAUUUUAAUAUAAGCCGAUGCAUAGUUAGUGUCUGUUUACAGUGUCUUCAAAGUAAAAAAAAUAAAAUAAAAACUAUAAUGUUUUAUUAAUUCAAUAUGUAUUACAAAUAACAGUGAAUCCAUCAAACAUACAGUAAUACAGGCAAAAACAUGAUCUGGGAUUCAAGCCAUCGCACAUGUUAAAUGCAAAUGCUGUUGGAAUAGAAUUUUGUAUUGUUUUGCAAAACACUGAUCAAAGUUCACGUUGCAUAGCAUUAACUUUGUAUCGCGCUGUGGGAUACCAUGGCGUGAAGGACGCUAUGUACAUAUAAAUAUGUAUUGUAUUGUAUUGUAUUGUAUUGUUGAGUGUCGUGCUGUAGCAGAUGUUGGUGGGUCACAAAAGGGAUGAGGCGGUUGGUAUAGGAUUUAUAACACUGACUGAACAGGUGACAGCAAAACUGUGAAUUCCUUUCCAAUCCUGAACACUAAAUGACUUUGAACUGGACUAGAUGUUUAAGUAUUACUGGACUGCUUCCUCGUAGCUGUAAGAACUGCAUGUAUGUAUGUACUGUAUGUCAUGAUAACAAACGUUGUACUUUUUUUUUGUUUAAUAAAGGGAUUUUGUAUUAUUUUAACGCUUUUAAGAUAAAGUAAAAAUAAAAAACUGGACUACACUGUUAA